GGAGGAAGCGAAAUCGUUCCGCUCAUUUACGCCUCUGGCCGCGGCGGGCUCGUUUGCCGGGCACGGCCGACGACCAUCGUGUGCCCGCCAGAGGUUGAAGGUGACUUCAGGGGGGCUAGCGAGGACGAGGGCGGCGGCGGCGGACAUCGGCAUACAGAACCAAUGCCGACACCAUCUUCGCGCCGCUGCCGAGGGCUGUCGAGGGCCCAGCGCCGCGGGGUGCCGCCGAAGGCCGCCGCGGGACCUCCGAUGGCCGCCGAAGGCUUUCGGGGGUCUGCCGAGGGCCGCUGAAGGCCGCGCGGGGGCCGCCGAUGGCCGCCGAAGGCCGCGUGGCGGCCGCCGGCGGUCGUCGCUCAGGGCGUCUGGGGGCCGGUGUCCACGCGGGCGGCAGGUACCCACUCGCGGCGGCCAUCGCCGCCGAGGACAGCCCGGUGGGCGGCUCUCGCGGGAGGCUGGUGGCGGCCGUGUUCUCCAUGCAGGGCUGGGGCAUGCUGCUCUCGUGCCUGCUGUCGCUGCUGCUCCUGGCGGCGGGGCUGCCGCUGGAGCACAUCUGGCGGCUGCUCCUAGUCGUCGGCGCGAUCCCCCCCGCGGCGGUCAUCUACGCCCGGUCCAAGAUGGAGGAGUCCGAGCUCUUCCUCGCCGCGAAGGAGGGUGCGACUUCGGCGGGCGCGGGCUCCGCCUGGCAGGCCAUCCGCAAGUACUGGCACCCCCUGAUCGGCACCACGUCGACCUGGUUUAUCCUCGACGUCACCUUCUACGGCACGGGCUCCUUCAAGACCCGGAUCGGCAGCUUCCUGAUGGGCUCGCGCGCCUCGAGUCCGCGGGAGGAGAUCUGGGACGAGGCCGUCUUCGCCUCCGUCUGCUGUUGUCUGGCGAUCCCGGGCUAUCUCCUGGCCGUCGCGUUCAUGGACAGGAUCGGCCGGUACAACCUCCAGUUCUGGGGCUUCCUUGCCCUCGCGGCGAACUUCUUCACGGCACGGUGGCGGAUCGCCGGGGUUUACCGCGACGAUUUGCCGGAGGGCGCCCGUUGGGGCCUGCUGGUGUGCUUCGGCCUCACGUUCCUCUUCUCGAAUUUCGGACCGAACACGACCACCUUCGUGAUCCCCAUCGUCGGAAACCGACACCUGCCCACGACCACUGGCCCUAACAAGGCCCAUCCUGGGCCUUGGACUGGUGUACGUCGGCUUUCGUGGGCCAGUCCAGAGCGGCCUGUAGCAUCAGUCCAGGGCUUGGGAUGCACCUUUUCAGGGUUGAUGGUGGUGUAGUGCGGUCGGCUUCCGAUCCAUCGAGACAUACCCGACCCUCAUCCGUGCCACCUGCCACGGCGCCUCCGCCGCUGCAGGCAAGCUGGGCGCGGUGGCGGGCGUGGUCGCCUUCGCGCCGUGCGAACAGGCGUUCGGGCUGCGGGCCGUGCUGGGCUUCUGCGGCGCCGUGUGCCUGGGCGGCGCCGCGGUCACCUUCUGCUUCACGCGCGAGCCCGUGGAGGACCUGCGCGAGCUGGAUGCCCUCGGGCCCGCGCCGCGCUGAGCGCGGCUCCUGCUGGUCGUCUCUGGCCGUAGGGCCGCCGCGCGCGUGCGGCUUCGGCGCGCCGUCGCCGUGGCCGUUGCCGUCAGUCGUUCGUUCGUUCGUUUGCUCGUUCGUCGUCGUCGUGCCGUCGCCGCUGUCUUCGUUGUCGUUGUCGUG